AUGCACGAAGCGGCUCGCGUGUGCUUUGUUUACAGGAGGGAACAGCUGAUCACGCUGCGUAGCGCUGUAGUGUUCCCUCGGGACAGACACGAGAUCCCCCCGGAGAUACUUCGUAAGACCCGCCGUGGAUGCCGCGCAGGAAAACAACGUCGCGAGAAGAAGAGACGCUUCAGACCUGUUCUUCCCUCCGUCAUCAUGGGAAACUGCUACUGCUGCAGACAUCUCCUAGGUGCAGAGGUCACCAGGGGUUACAGCUUUGUCAUCACCUGCUCCAUUUCCUCCCACUAUCCUGGAGUGAGCCUCCCAAAGCCCAGCAUCUCCAUCUCCAUGAAUCCUGCUGGUGAAGUUACUUGGGGUCAGGAUGUUGGCAUCACUUGUUCAAUCUCAACUCAGCAUUUAGGUGGAACAUUCAUCCUGCAGAAGACCUCAGGCUCUUUCAGAAAGACCCAAACGUCAAGUACCAACUCUGUUACCUUCAGCAUCCUCAAAGUGAACUUUGAUAAUGAGGGAUCAUACCAGUGUCAAUAUCAGACACAGGUUUUACGUCGAGACUUCAGCUCCCCCUCAAGUGAAUCUGUCAGACUCUUUGUGUCUGUUCGCCUCCCAAAGCCCAGCAUCUCCAUGAAUCCUGCUGGUGAGGUUACCUGGGGUCAGGAUGUUGGCAUCACUUGUUCAAUCUCAACUCAGCAUUUAGGUGGAACAUUCAUCCUGCAGAAGACCUCAGGCUCUUUCAGAAAGACCCAAACGUCAAGUACCAACUCUGCUACCUUCAGCAUCCUCAAAGCCAACUUUGAUAACAUGGGAUCGUAUAAGUGUCAGUAUCAGUUACAGGUUUCAAGUGGAGACCUCAGCUCCCCCUUAAGUGAUGCUGUCAGACUCUCUUUUACUGUGCCUUUGUUGCUGCUGGUCUCCUCAGUAGUUGCUGGGAUCCUGCUGGGGGUUUUGCUGGUCUUGGUGGUGGUCUUUCUCAGGAGAAGACAACAAGCCAGGCAGCCUGCAACCAUCGUCCUAACUCAAUUGUCUGUCAGGAACCAUUAUGAAGACUUGGAGGAGGAGGAGGAAGAGCGUGAUGCAAACUUUGAAGCAGUGCACUCUGAGAAGAGACAGGAGGAAACAAGAAGUAUGGAAUAAGAGGAGGGUGAUGAAUAUCAUGAGUAUGAGGGAGAGGAGAUCAAUGGUCAUAAUCAUGUGGAAAGCAAGGACAUCUAUGCCGCUGCUGAGGGCAACAAAGAGGAAGAGAUGUAUGAAAAUAGUGUUGUAAAAGAGGUAGCUCAUGGAGAAGAAACCAGCGCCACUAAUGACGACUUUGUAAAUGUACAGCAGCCCUUUGCUGAAGACACUCUGGAUAUUCACAGUCUCCGUGAGGAUAUUUACCAAAACAUGUAGCUUUCUACUGCCUCAUAUUUUUGUGCAUGCUAAAGGACCUCUUGAGGUCGCAAUGAUUCACAAUGUUCGAGCUCGAGCUUCAAUGUAUGAAUAGGCAACAUCAAGAGUAAAUUAUCUAUGAUUUCACCUUUUGUGAGUUUCUCGUUGCUUGUAAUGUUCGAAAUAAAUAAACGUGAAGAUUGUG